CUGACUGGUGUGUUUGUGGUUAACUUUUUAACAACUUAGAAGUUCGAAGCAGUGUUAAUGCAUGUUUUCACAUUUUUAUACAAUUCUUUGUGAAUUUCAGUUGAAUGGAAAGUAGCUCUUGUGAGAAUUGCAAACUUCUCUUACUUGAGUUGGAAAAUGAACGCAAAAUUAUUCUGAAAUUGCAGGCGAAUGUUAAAGCAUUGACAGAAUUAUUGUCAGUAGAAAAAAAUGAAAAGUUGUACCAGGAACAUGCGAUUCCUGUUGCUGAAACGACGAAAGAAAAAAGCAAAAAUUCUGAGAGUGAAAAUUCCAGUUUAAAUGAAAACUUUGACAGUUCUUGUGAUAAACCGGAAAACUCAGAAGUAGUAUUAAAAUCAGCUCAAACGCAGACAGUUUGCGACAAUUUUUGUGGUGAAGAAUACAGAGAUGAUGCCAGAAAAUCUUCAGGGAUACGUGAAAACAAAAUGGCUGAUUUCAAUGAAUAUGAAGUUCCUCAGAGUGAUUAUGUGUAUAAUGAAGAAUAUAAAAUGUAUUAUAGUUAUUCCACUGGCUAUUACUUUGACCAGGAUAAAGGUAUUUUCUUGGAGCCAAAUACUGGAGCCUGCUACAAAUAUGAUUAUGCCAAUCAACAGUACGAAUCAGUGUCUAUGGAUGAUUAUAUGAGUUCCUACAAGCAAUUAGAUGAAGCAUCAUGUGAAGAUAUGGUGGAACAAGUGAAUGGUCUCAAUAUAAAUGAAAAAACUGUGCCUACUGGUUUAAAUAUACAACUAUCAGAGGAAAUUAUUUCAAGUGAUGAUCAUCAGUCUUUGCCCAUGACAGAGGAAUGCAAAGAAAAUACUGAAUCUGUUGGUCCUACAUCAGACUGGCAACUUCCCGAAGGAAAGAAUGUGACUGUGGGUGAUCUGGUGAAGGAAGUGGUAGAACAACAUUAUGAAAUGUCAGAGUAUGUGUAUGAUGAGUCGAGUCGUAUGUAUUAUAGCCCAUCCACUGGAUAUUAUUUUGACCCUGUGAAACAACUUUUGUAUGAUACGUUAAAUCAGAUUUCUUAUCGAUAUGAUAAUGAGAAACAAUCUUAUGAAUAUUUUGGGAAGUGGAAAUCUGAAGACCCCUGCAAUGCAGCGAAGAGUAAAAAGCAGCAGGCUAGAAAAAUCUUCUGGAGAAAAAAAUUACAAAAGAAGCAGAGUGAUACAGAAAUUAAUGAAGAUGAUGGAAAACACAAACAUUCUCCUGAAGAUGACUUUAGCUCACCUGAAGAAGGGGAACUGUUUUCUUCGGAUUCUGAAACAGAGCUGCAUUUAAAAGAUUAUUGUCCAGAAUAUGAAAUUGCACAAAAAGUUUUUACCAAGGCAUACCCCCCAUGCAUCAGGGUUAUGGUGGAAAACUCUGAGACAUUAAAAGUUGGCUCACUCAUGAUGGUCAGUCACAUGGGCGGUGUUAUUGGGAGAGAUGAAGACAGUUUCCUGUGCAUACCGGAUUCUGGCAUCAGCAAGAUGCAUGCUGAAAUUAAAUAUAAUGAUGAGUUAAAAAAAUACAUCAUCAAAGACUUGGGGAGUCAGAAUGGAACAUUCAUUAAUGACAAAAGACUUUCUCAGCCGAAAACAGAGAGUGAAUUCUGUGCUGUAAAGCAUGGGGACCAUUUGUGCCUAGGAUCCUGCCGGCUCCUACUUCAUAUUCACCCAGGAUCUGAAACAUGUGAUGGAUGUGAACCAGGACAGGUGUUGGCAGAACUCUCCUCUAAAGAAGAAAAAUCAACUGUAGUAUUCAAGACUAAAGAAGAAAAGGAAAGAGAAAGGAAACAGGAAUUGGUAAAGCUAAAAAAGAAGUAUGGACUCAAGGGUAUGGAGUACAGUAAUAAGAAUGCUGUGGUCCCCAAAGGAUAUGAAGACAGGGCUGGGGAGAGACGCCAGAUUAUAGGUAGUGAAAAUCCUUACGAAAAAACAGAAGAAGCAUCUGCUGAUGUGGCCAUGUCUUCCAGCAACAAGGGUUACAAGAUGUUGCAGAGCAUGGGCUGGAAAGAAGGGCAGACAUUAGGCACUCAGAACUCUGGAAUUCUUGAGCCGAUUCCCCUCAAGACGUGGACCGGAAAAGCCGGACUUGGCUGCCCGGAAAAACAUUCCGGGCAGAGUGCUGCCGCCAGCAAGAAGUCACUCAAGUGGGUGAAAGCCCAAGAACGAUACUCCCAAGUUACCUGAGGAUUGAACUGGUUUCUUUUUAGAAAGCCAAAGCAACUUGCUAAUAUGUUUGUACCUGUCAGCUAAUAAAUUGAU